ACACCGCCAGCUGUUCUGCUUCUUCAGGUUCUCCAUUUCCUCAUCGGAUCCUUGUUCCGCAGUUCCAUCAGAUUUUCUAGCCUCUCAAACGCUUUGCUGAAUCCUCGUAAACUGCACGAAAAACACCUCCGAUUUUCGAGUUUUAGGUUCGAUGGACUCCUUCGCUGCAAACAAAUCGAAGAAGAAGUUCUUUCCGUGUUUCCGAUCGACGGCUUCCAGCGGCCCUGUCAGGACGGUGCGAGGUGUGGACGCUGCAGACGAACAGGUUUUUCCGUUCAUGGCGGUGGAAGAGAGGAACGGUAUGAUGCUUCACAAUGUGCAGCCGUUUGAUGGAUGCGGCAACGUUUCUGGUCGCCAGAAAAAGGGAGGCGGCGGUGGUGCUUUGUCGCGUGCGCUUAAGGCCGUCUUAUUCGGAACUUCAUUGGCGAAGAAGAUCAGAAAAAGGAAACGAAAACAGAAGGAAAAUUCGAAUGAGGAGAAUCAGAGACGUCAACUUCUGUCUUCAAUUAGCAGCAGAUCAUCAGAUCCAAAUUUCCGCAACUAUUCUACCUGUUCUUCGCGCAUUUCUGCGCCAUUUUCAUCCGCCUCAUUCUGCAGUUCGUCUCCUACCUCCCCGGAAAUCAACGAAAUAUCAUUUCGAUUUCAUCCAACUGCCUCGAAUCGCUUGUUCAGGCAGAUUAAUCUCAGAAAAACCUCCCGCUGUUGGUUUGUUCUAUUGGUAGGUCUUCUAAGCUUGAUUUUAUGGGAAAAAAUCGGAGCUACUGUGUGCACUUCGAUUUGGAUCCUCUGUUUCCAUUUUUACCGCCGUGAAAUCGGAUUCAGGUCGCCGGACGACAAGGCCAGUGCGGCGGCCAUGAGUUCCGACGAAUACAAGAAGAGAACCAUCCUGGAAGGAUUUCUGAACAGAGAUCGUUCGGCUGUUCGUAAUUCAAUCACACACAUUGAUUGACCUAACUGCCAAAUGGCGCCAGAAAGAUUCGAAAUGGCGUUUCAUGCAUUUUUCGAUAUGA